AUGCGGUACACUACACGUAAGCGCUGGGGUGCUUUGUUGGUGGCUGAAUCCCUCAGGUUCAUUCAUCUCAUGGUCAUAGACCCCGCACCUGUCGGUGGCGUGAAGAAGAGGCGUGAUGUUUGCGUUCCACAACGUACGACCUCAACACCUGCUCUAUUCAGUAUAUUUGAGUGGAUAUCUCAUCAUCCUAUAACGGCUGCCAUCGCACUGUUGAUACCCGUAAUACUGCUGGUUUGCCUCCGCCCGCCAAGUCAAGAUGAGCCACCGUCACUUCCCGACGUCGUGCCUUUCAUCAGCAAUACCUAUCAAUACAUGACGAAUGUCAGAAGACUUAUGGAGCGUGCAAGCCGUUCCAUGAAUCACAGCAACAUCGUCAAGUUCUACCUAGGACCAAUGCGCGUAUACUUUGUACAGGGGGGGGAAAGCGUGCAAGCCAUGUUUCGAUCGUCUACCAGCAUCAGCUCGAACAAGUUCAUCCUACUGGUCAUGAGAAACCUGCAAGGGUCCGCCCAAAAAGAUGUCGACAAGUUCGCAAACGAUCUCUCGGGGCGGCAAAGAGUACCUGCACCCGGCUACGAAAACACACCGCAAGAGGAGCGAUAUUGGUACACUUUGCAUCACAUUACCGUUGAACAUCUAUCACGCGCAGAGCCCACCGCUCAUUUAGCAGAGACUUACACAAACUUCUUUAACGAGGCUUUGGAAAAGCAACCUGUGGGCCAGUGGGCGACUGUUCGUCUUUUAGAAUUCUUGAAGAGGGAGAUGUGUGCGAGCGCCAUCAGGUCAUUCUGCGGCACCGAGUUAUUAGAGAUGUUUCCGGACUACGUCGAGCAGUUCUGGCGUUUCGAUAGCAUCGCUUUUCAGGUUGUGUAUGGGCUACCAAAGUGGAUCAACAGCGGUCCGGUAAAUGAACGCGAUAAGUUGAACGGCAUGACGCAGGAGUAUCUGAGAAAGGCCUUUGCAAAAUUUGAUUGGGACGGUUCUGUGGUGGAUUCCAUCUGGGAGCCCACGUUCGGAUCAAGCUACGUUCGCAAGAUGACCAAAUGGCUUCACGACACAGAUAUGGCUCCGGAGACUCAAGCCGGUUUCUACAUGAUUGCGAUCUUUGGAAUAAACGCGAACACAAUACCAAUCACCACAUGGGCGAUGAUUGAGCUCUUGCGAGAUCAGAAGCUGUUCCAAGCAGUUCGCAGCGAGGCCCUUGAGACCCUUAAUGUGGAUCCCGUUACCGGGAAGCGGUCCUUCAAUGUAUCCAAGCUCAUCUCAAUGCCGCUGAUGCAGUCUAUUUAUACGGAGUGCAUGCGUCUUCAUGUCUCCAUUGCGCUCUCCAGAGAAGUCGUCGAGACGACCACGCUCCACGGCUUCCGCUUGGAGAAAGGCUCAAUAAUUCAGGCCCCGACGCAUUUUGUGCACUUGGACGAGCAGAUAUGGAGCCAGGAAGGACAUUCUGCUUCUGAGUUUUGGGCAGAGAGACAUCUAAAGCAUGUGAAGAAAGUAGAAGAAGGUACUGAUCGACUGACCACCGAAAAGCAGUUUGUAUUGGCGGGAAAGACCAAUGAGUUCAUCCCGUUUGGUGGUGGACCAUCCAUGUGUCCGGGGCGGUUCUUUGCCAAACAAGAGAUUCUUCUCACAAUCGCCAUCCUUGUCACAAAGUUCGACAUGGAGUUUGUUGAGUGGACAAAUUUGGACGGGUCCAAGUCUGAUCGACCCCCUGUGGAUGAUGAGCGGUACUUUGGUACAGCUGCUGUACCUCCGGAUCGCGAUGUCAAGGUACGGUGGAAGAAACUAUGGUGA